ACCAUUUUGGACUCUCUUUCAAUUUGGAUGUGUGACAUUUGUGGACUGCCUAGUAAAACGAACGAGCUUUGUGUUUGACAACUUGGUGCGCAAUGGUUUGGACAAGGAUUUCAUGGGGUUAAUUGUGUGAUUUUUACUCGAUCACAUUAAAGAUCUGCAAAAUCCGCGUUCACUAAUGUAAAAAACAAAAUGUUGAAGUACAUUCUUCCCGUUGGAAUAAUCGUUAUAGCCUGCCUGUCACAACAGGCUGAGGCGCAGUAUGACGACAAAAGAUGCAAAUGUAUCUGCCCGGGUCUCUCUUCCGUCAUAAACACGACGCAGUCAUCCAUGGAGCGUUUGACGCCAUACGUCACAAAUGUUCCACCGUUACAAUGCAAUUGCAAAAGUGUUGUCUUACCGAAACUUGGUGAUCAAAUAAAGGGCAAAGAAGAAGUGGUUUGUUCACGAUGCGACUGCAAAUAUGAAAAUAGAAAUACAACUAUCAUUAAGAUUGUGGUGAUAAUAGUUAUAUGGGUUAUCUCAUUGUUAGUAAUUUAUAUGUUGUUCUUAAUUUGUCUGGAUCCAUUACUUAACAAGAGGAUACACAAGGCUUCGGCAAAUAUUGGUUAUCAUGAGCAUAAUAACGAGGAGGAUGAUGCAUCUCUUGCACCUGGAACAUCUCAUCCAAUGGGAGAGAGGGGCAAUGUUUUGAAUCGCGUUGGACAUCAGCAAGACAAGUGGAAACGACAAGUUCGAGAACAGAGACGAAAUAUUUAUGAUCGUCAUACCAUGUUAAAUUAAAUUGCAUGUUACAUUCUUUAAAUAUGUAAAAUAUUUGAAUACACAGAAUAUUUCUAGUUGCGACGAUAAUUCGGUCAUCUCAAAAUAAAACUUUCGCGAAUAGU